ACUUGGCAAAAUGGCUGUGAAUGGCAUGCUCGUGAAAGCUGACGACGUAGUCAUACCGAAACUUGAAAAAUUACUCGAAGUAGAUCCUUAUUUAUCAAGUCACCAGAGAGAGUUAAGAAGGAGGUAUGGCUGUUUUGAGCAGAUCUUAGCUUCAAUAGAGCAGAAUGAAGGUGGCUUAGAUGAGUUCACAGCUGGGUAUAAGACACAUGGCCUUCAUAGGAUGGAUGAUGGGGGAGUGAGGUGUAGGGAGUGGGCACCAGGAGCUGAAGCUGUCUAUCUUAAAGGAGAAUUCAAUGGUUGGUCCAGUACUGAGUAUCCUCUUAAGAACACUGGUUUUGGUAAAUGGGAAAUAACUCUACCCAGUAAACCUGAUGGUUCAUCUCCUAUUCCUCAUAACACAAUCGUCAAGCUUGGAAUCAAAACAAUGUCUGGUGAGAUUGUGGACCGGAACCUAGCCUGGGCCAGUUAUGCAGUCCAGGACCCUAAGACGUUGUUGUACCAGAGUGUAUUCUGGGAUCCACCUCAGGACCAGGUCUAUCAUACAAAGAACCCUAAACCUAAAUGGACCGGUCAGGGUCUAAGAAUCUAUGAAGCUCAUGUCGGUAUCUCAUCAUGGGAAGGGAAAGUGUCAUCAUAUGAUCAUUUCACUGAUAAUGUUCUACCAAGGAUUAAAAGUCAAGGUUACAAUGCUAUUCAAUUAAUGGCCGUUAUGGAACAUGCUUUUUAUGCUAGCUUUGGUUAUCAAGUUACUAGCUUCUUUGCUCCUUCAAGUCGCUGUGGAAACCCAGAGGGUUUGAAACGAUUGGUUGAUAGCGCCCAUGGUAUGGGAAUCUAUGUAUUCUUAGAUGUGGUUCACAGUCAUGCUGCUAACAACGUCUUAGAUGGUCUGAAUAACUUUGAUGGUACAGAUAGCUGUUACUUUCAUUCUGGAACUAGAGGACGUCAUAUGUUGUGGGAUAGUAGACUCUUUGAUUACAACAACUGGGAAGUAUUAAGGUUCCUCCUCUCUAACCUUCGUUGGUGGGUUGAGCAGUUUAAUUUUGAUGGUUUUAGAUUUGAUGGUGUGAGUUCAAUGAUCUAUCAUCACCAUGGAAUCGGUACUGGUUUCAGUGGUGAUUACAGUGAUUAUUUUGGUCUUACUGUUGACACUGAAGCAUUGACCUACCUUACCUUAGCCAAUCACAUGCUCCAUACGUUCUACCCUGGGAUCGUCACAAUAGCUGAGGAAGUGUCUGGAAUGCCUGCGCUCUGUCGACCGGUUGAAGAAGGAGGAAAUGGUUUUGAUUUCAGAUUAGCUAUGGCUAUACCCGAUAAAUGGAUUAAGCUUCUGAAAGAAAGCAAAGAUGAAGACUGGAAUAUAGGUGAUAUUGUCUGGACAUUGAUCAACCGUCGCCAUGGUGAACGAACAAUAGCUUAUGCUGAGAGUCAUGAUCAAGCUCUUGUUGGUGAUAAGACGAUAGCAUUCUGGUUGAUGGAUAAAGAGAUGUAUACAAACAUGUCUGUCAUGUCACCUCAAACAGACGUGAUUGACCGUGGGAUGGCUCUUCAUAAAUGUAUAAGACUUAUUACACAUGCUCUAGGAGGAGAGGCAUGGCUUAACUUCAUUGGCAAUGAGUUUGGUCAUCCUGAAUGGCUUGAUUUCCCCAGGCCAGGUAACAAUAAUAGUUAUCACUACGCUAGGAGACAAUGGAAUCUAAUUGAUGAUAAUCUACUCAGAUACAGGUUUCUUAAUAGCUUUGACAGAGCCAUGAAUCAUCUUGAUGACAAGUUUGAUUGGUUAGCUAGUCCACAGGCCUAUGUAAGCUGGAAGCACGAGGAUGAUAAAGUAAUUGUCUUUGAACGAUCUCGGUUGCUAUUUAUCUUCAAUUUUCAUUGCUCUAAGAGUUUACCAGACUACAGGGUUGGUGUAGAUCUACCUGGAAAAUACAAGAUGGUAUUGAAUUCUGAUUGCUCAGAGUUUGGAGGUCACAACCGACUUGACCCUUCUGCUGUACACUUUACGUCAACUGAUGGUUACGCUGGAAGAAGACACUCACUACAGGUGUACAUCCCAAGCAGGGUUUGUAUAGUACUUGCAUCGGAGGAUGAUAUCAUCAAACAUGGAUUAUAAUCUUAACCCACUUACUACUGCAACUCACUCAUUGUGUAUCAAGGCUAUGGGCUUUACACAAAUCAGUAUUCAAGGGAAUAGUUGAUGUAAAGUUUAGGGUUUUAGUGUUGUGUUUAGUGUUAAUCAAGCUGUGUAACAAUUCUACACUGAACUGACCAUCGCUGUUAUAAGGCUAUGUGCUUUAUAUUUCUCAGUGUUAAAUGGAUUAACACCCUGGGUGUUGGUGUAGGUGUUAGAUUUUCAAUGUUCGUGCAUGUAGUGUACAUAAGAGAGAAAUAUUAUAUCAUAUUAUUGGGACCAUGAUUGUCAAAUGAAUAGACCACUCAAUUAGAUCCAAUAAACCUGAUUGCUAGACUUAAUUGCUGUUCAUCUUUGUGUAAUAGGAUCCAGUUUUCAAUAAUCCUUGAUGUUUUCUAUUCUGAACAAAUAUGAAAAAAAUUUCAUCUUCCAGUUACAUGUACAUGUAUAUUACAUAAAGAAAGAAAUUGCUUUGAAGUGAAUUAUCAACUUGCUCAUUUCUUAUCGUUAAGAAAAACUAUGAAAUAUUAUUUACAUUGAAUGUAUUAUUAAUCAUGUACUUUAUAUCUCCAAGUUAUACAAUUUGUUUUAGAUACAUUUUGAACAUUCAGCGUAUAUUAUUCAGAGUGUUUUUAGAGUGAUUUUUAAAGUAAAGUCUGUUUUACUCUUGUGUAAAUCAAGACCUCCAUAGUGAUGAUAAGUUCAUAUUCAGAGUGCUCUUAGAAGUUCACAUUGUUAUUCAUUUCUCUUAACCCUAUUUCAUCUGGGUUAUUUCAGACCAGGAUAUAUGGGGGUCAAUUUGACCCCCCUUCAGAUCUUGGCCAUUGAUUGCGUGAUCGCCGCAAAAAUUUGCACCCGCGUAGACCCGAAUGUAAACUACAAGGCUGUUUAGGCGAAUAAGUGUAUGAAAUUGGCCCUAAAUUUUUGUAUAUGCAUUUUCCUUUAACUCACUUUAUAUAGCUAGUAGAAUUUUUGGUGAGAGUAUCAAUUUUUACAUUUCUAACAAAUAUCUACAAAACAAUUGCCAAAAUAUUAUUCUCAUGUAUUUUAUUGUUUUUUAAAUUGUUAUUUCUUUAUUUUUAUUUAUCUAUGUUUUUUAUUGUUUUCUUCUGUUGAAGUUUGUCGGGGACCCUUUUGCGAUCAUGAAUAAUAUAAAAUAGAUCCAUUUAAACCAACAAAAGUAAACAUAAUCACACAUUUAUGAUUUUUGGUUGAAAAAUACAAUUUGCAUCGACUUUGUACAUUUUGGGUCUGAUAUGCACUUACAAAAUGUUGCAUAAUUUUGGACCGUGUACCCGGGCAUCGCAAAUUUGAUCUCAAAAGAUGCACAAGACUUGAAAGUUAGCGAGCGAUGCAGUAAAAAAAUUCACAUGGCGGAGUAGUGACAAAAUUUGCGGGGAGGGGGGUCAAUUUGUCCUCCCCCCAGUUAAAAAAGGGUUAAGAUAGAUAUGAAAGUAGACGUCCAUGAAAUAGCCACAAAGUCUUCCACAUUAUCAGAGAAAUUGCCUAUUAUUAUUUUUAUGACAGCUUUGCAUGAAAACUAUAACACAUACUUCCUAAUGUUUCUUACAUGUAGGUAUAGUGUGUUUAAAGCAGUCAGACCCAAACAUGUUUAUGUUUCUGAUAUGAUGUCAUUGGGAAUAGCUCAAAGUUCAUUAGGGGAAAACAUAUUUAAUUUUCAGAGGUUAUUUUUCACUACCUACUACAACAUUGGAUUAGCUAUAACAUUGAAGUGAAUGGGGAUUCUCCAGGGCUAUUUCAAGCAUUUCGGGGGAGAAUUCGCCCCCAGCCCCCGUGUAAUUCUCUCCCUGCAUUACACCAUGUGGUGAGUUCUACAAGUGAAUAGAGGUUGACUGUUCGUCUGACACAGGCUAGCUUCAAUAAUGUUUACUAAGCACAUGUCAAUAAUUAAAAGAUUGGUUCAAUAACAAACAGGCUGUAGCCCUCAAAUCAUUUUUUCCCGGAAAAGUCACAAAAUGGAAGAAGAAAGAUCAGUGAAAAUGUGAUGGGAUAAAACAAACUUACCAGUUUAUUAUUCACAGUAUGACCAUCAGCAUGUUUAAUUGAUUGCCUCAAUAACUAAGAAGUUACAGGGAAAUGAAAUGAACAUUUUAAACACACCUAUUGAGGUCAAAGAAGCAUAAUGUAUGAAUGAACUCAAUAGCAGUCAAGAAAAAAAUGGCCAUGUGGUGUAAUCCCAUUUUCCUUGGGUGUUUCUUUUGCCAUUUUGUGACUUUGGAUUUCAGAACCAAUUCAUUUGAGGAGCUACAGCCUCUUAGCAAUUAAACCAAUCUCUUAAUUAUUGACAUGUGCUUAGUAAAGAUUAUGGAAGCUACAUGUAGCAUGUGUCAAAAAUUUUGUUUAUUUUGACUGAGUGAAAUUUGUGUAGUGUGCUUGUGAAGUUUGAUAAGUUUCUUUUGUAACCCAGUUUAGUUAUGCUGAAAUGUCACAAUUUAUGCCCAAAGUUUGUGGAAAGGCCCAUGUAUAUGCAGGCUCAUUCACUAAUUGAUAAAGUACAUGUAGGCUGUAAAAAUGUGUCAUUUAAUCAUGAAAUGAUCAAAUUACUGAAAUAAUACAACUUAUUCAUGCAGUCCAUGGGACCAUGUAGUUAGGCUUGAAUUCUCCUGACCCCCCCCCCCUAACUAUUGUGAAUGAACAAAACAUUUGCAACUUAUUUGCUCUGAUUCUUAGAUGUGUCAACGAAUUUCUCUCUGUUCCUCAAACUCUUCCAGUCAGUCGGCAAGCCCUGAAAAAGUAGCUUCUUUUAUCCAAGUGAUAUUCAUGACUAGAGGGUUUUUGCAUAGUUAAUGAGCUUGGUGCGAACCAAAACUCCUCUUUUUAUUCGGCCAUUGCUGCUCUAAAUAUUGACCAAAUUUCAUGUUUUUGGUAUCUUUGUAAAGAAGAAGAAUCAUUCUUUCAGGUCAUGUGUUUGGAUUUUUAAAAGGAUGUUGUAAUAUAGGGAAAACUUUUGAUCUAAAACAUGAAACAAAAUAAUUUUUUCAUGCAACAAAAGUUGUUUUCACACUUAAUUUCUGUUUGAGCACAAAUGAUUUUUAAAUCAUGAUAAAGCUGAAUAUCUAAGCUUUAAUAUAUAAUUUUUAUAAGAAGAUGUAUUUUAGAUGGGUCAGCAGCCAGCUUUUCAUAGGCCAAGUACAUUUAGCAGCUCAAAAACAAGAAUACUGCGCUCUGAUUGGUCAUAGAGACCACACACCCACGCAAAUUCCAAUGUUCCCCUCACUGGGCCUCUGCAAGGUCACACUCACCAUGUGGUAAUCUCUUCAAAUUACCCGCGCCUGUUGUGUUGAAAACAUUUUUCAGCCAAUCAGAACUCUGGAUUUUAUGUUACUCAGAAAUUACAGAAAUCUCAUCUUGCAUCUUGAUGGAAAAAGCUGGCUGCUGACCCAUCUAAAAAUGCCACAUAUCAAGAGUGACAUUGUAAGAAAGUAUAGAGUUUGAGCUUUCUGAUGAUAUAAGUAAUGUUGGUGCCUAAAACACAAAAUGUUGCACAAUUUGCAAGUGAAAACAGAAGAAGAAAAUUCUGUUUGAUGCAUCUUUUCAGGUAAAAAAUUAACUUAUUUAUCAAAAUAUUUCAUUCAAAAGAAAUGACCAAUAUAAAAGAGUGACAUUUACUCUUGCCCAUGGUACAAAAAUAAUCAAUAUUACUCAAGGAGAAAGUGGUUAAAUUCUUUGAGAAAGAAAGUCUCACAAUUCACGAGAUUUUGCAGGGACAUGAAUUCAGCCACGAGAGGACUUGGAUAAAUCUUGCUCAUUAACACAGGGGCUUGCCGACUGACUGCUUCUACAUUGCCUACCAAAGUUCCCUUAUAUUGUAUUGACAAUCUUCCAAUAUAAAAGGAAAUUUUUUAUGUUAUAUGUUUAUUGAUAAUGUGCUCAUUGAGCAUUUUCUCAGUGAGGUCAUUUAUAGCCUUCCUUGAGGUUCAAGACCCUACAUGCACACACUAUAAAUGCCAGUCCUAAUAAGAGAAGACAUAGGCCAUGCAUGCAAAUGAAGUGAAUAUGGUAAUUUGAUAUAUUCUUGUAUCAAUGUUUGAUGAGUUUUUAGCUGUAAUGUUCGGCAUGGAGAUAUGAAAUUUGCUGCAAUUAUCUAAAUUUUUUAUCCUGCCAAUUGUGUUAACUAUUGAUAAAUGAGAUAUUGUGUGUCAGAUUCAGCAUUCAAAAUGAUGAAUCAUUAUAUUGUUUGAAAUCAUGUAUUUUAUCAAGAUGAUAUCAUGAAAUGAUUUGUUGUGAUGUCAAUAAUAAAGCAGUUGACAGUACAUUAUUAUGUAGUUA